UUUUUGUUGCUAUGGUGUGCAGUUUCUUCGCAGUUCUGGAAAAAUCUCUAGUUCUUUUCUGAACCCGGACAUCUUUAAUUUGUUACCUGCUUAUUGUUGACCAUUCCGGGAGAACUUCAAAGACAAAGAUAUCAACAUGGCGCAGUACAAAGGAGCCGCCAGCGAAGCGGGCAGAGCCAUGCAGCUGAUGAAAAAACGAGAAAAGGAGAGAGAGCAACUUGAACAACUCAAACAGAAGAUUGCCGAGGACAACAUGGUCAAGGCCAACAUUGACAAGAAGUUCUCUGCUCACUACGAUGCUGUGGAAGCUGAGCUCAAAUCCAGCACUGUUGGUCUGGUGACCCUAAAUGACAUGAAGGCCAAACAGGAGGCGCUGGUGAAGGAAAGAGAAAAACAACUGGCCAAGAAGGAGCAGUCCAAAGAGCUUCAGCUAAAGCUUGAGAAACAGAAAGAAAAGAAGAGAAAGGAGGAGCAAAAAAGAAAAAUUGCCAGUUUAUCCUUUAACCCUGAUGAAGAAGAGGAGGAAGAAGAUGAUGAUGAUUUUGAAGAGGAUGAUGAUGACAAAAAUUCAGAGGAAGAUCAGGAUUAUGUUCCAGUAAAGAAGAAAAAACUGGGCAAAAAUCCAGAUGUGGAUACAAGUUUCCUGCCAGAUAGAGACAGAGAGGAGGAGGAGAACCGCCUGAGAGAAGAGCUGAGACAGGAGUGGGAGCUGAAACAGGAGAAGAUCAAGAAUGAGGAGAUUGAAAUUACCUUUAGCUACUGGGACGGCUCAGGCCAUCGGAAGACUGUCAAGAUGAAGAAGGGGAACACCAUCCAGAACUUCUUGCAGAAGGCCCUGGAGGUCCUCAGGAAGGACUUCAGUGAGCUCAGGUCUGCUGGAGUGGAGCAGCUGAUGUAUAUUAAGGAGGACCUGAUAAUCCCACAUCACCACAGUUUUUACGACUUCAUUGUGACAAAAGCCAGAGGAAAGUCUGGCCCUUUGUUCAGCUUUGAUGUUCACGAUGAUAUCCGACUAGUGAAUGACGCCACUGUGGAAAAGGAUGAGUCUCAUGCAGGUAAAGUGGUGCUAAGAAGCUGGUAUGAAAAGAACAAGCACAUCUUUCCUGCCAGUCGCUGGGAACCUUAUGAUCCAGAAAAGAAAUGGGACAAAUACACGAUCCGGUGAUUGCCAACGUCUACCUCUGGACUGCUGUUGCAAAGCCUUUGUCAUUUAUCUCUGUCCUUCACCAUAAACCAUGUUUCUGUAGCUGGUAUUUGAAUAUUGAACUUUUAAUUUUGUUGUCUGUUGUUUUUUGCAAUUACACAAAUUGACACCUGUAAAUAACAAUGUAUUAUCCUGUACAUGGUUCUCAAAAAAAUAAAUAAAUAAAAACUAGCCUAGGAAAUCAGUGCUGAAUAAAAAAUACU